UUAACCUUCUCGCAAAAGCUGCAUCCUUUAGGAUGCUGGACAGUAGUCUCCUGCCGACGUCCGUUUGGUCCUUCAGUCCAAUUCGAAUUCGCCAUGCUCCCCGUUUACGCCUCCGUAGUCCUGUCGGGAUCCUUUUUUUUAGUUCCGAUCUGAAGUGAAAUUUCCGAUGCAUAGCGCCCAUUCAUCCCAUUUAAUGUAGUGAUAAUGCACUUUUCGAAAGUGCCGUCUAUGAUACCAUGCAGUUAAACUGACAUUUUUAUGUUGUAAAAGCAGGGAACCAAAUGGUUUCUGAUCGUUGGUGCCGAGUUUCUCUUUUAAAGUGUUUUCCGACCGAUCGUGCCAAUUUUACGCUUAAAAUGUAGUUUAAACGUCUCUUUUGAAAGUGCCGCCUGUAAUACCUACCAUGCAGUGAAACUGACAGUUUUAAAAAUGAAAAAGGGAACUAAAUGGUUUCUGAUCUUGACUGGUGCCGAAUUGCUCUUUUAAAGUUUUUUUUUGAUCGAUCGUUCUAAUUUAACGCAUUAAAUGUAGUCGAAAUUUUUCGGAAUUUUUUAAUUUUCGAUAGUGCCGCCUGUGAUACCAUGUAGUGAAACUGACAUUCUUAUGCAGAAAAAGGGUACAAAACGGUUUUUGGUCUCGAUUUGUGCCGAAUUUCUCGUAUAAAGAUUUUUCGGAUCACUCGUACCAAUUUUACCCAUUAAAUGUAGUGAUUAUUCGUUUUCUAAAAGUGCCGCCUGUGAUACCACGCAGUGAAACUGACAAUUUUAUCUAGAAAGAGGGGUAUGAGUGGUUUCUGACCUUGAUCGGUGUGUAACAUAUUUUAAGUUCCGGUGUUUCUUAUUGUUUUAGCAGUGUUUUCUCCUCACUGCAGGUUAGAAGUUAUGUGUCCAGCACUUGAGUCUGUAUGUUCUGACAUUCGCAGCACCUUGGUCUCUCGCACUUUGGUAGUGCAGUUUUCGUCCUGAUAAUCCUGUGUUUUAUCGUCGUUUUCUUUGUGGUGCGAGGAUCCUCGGCUGUGCAAGAGAGAUGUUAUUGCCCCUUAAUUUUCGCAUAUUUUUCGUUCGGGGAUUAUCGUCGGUCGUUCGAAAGUGACGGCUGUGCCACGCGGGUUGCAGAUGCUACUUUUUCAGGCGCACAUCUCGCGAUGUCUCUGCCGUCUGUCCGCUUUUGGCCGUUGCAGCGAGCCGGUAGAAUUUUCAGCGGCGACAGGAAAUCGGCCCCUCUGAUCGACAAUUUAACUGAGACUGACUCCAGAUUGAGCUCCACCUCUGUGCAUAUGACCCGGUACAAACAUGCCGAGAUCGAAGAAGAUUCUUGCAGCUUCGGGUCAGUUCACUUGACAGAGGGGGUUUCUGCUAUGACCACGCACAUCAGAUAUCAUGCGGGUUAUUCUAUAUGGAAAUCAAGAAGUGUUCUUGAAAAAUGUCUCAUUGUAUUCUCUGGAGUUCUAUUUCUUGUGGUCAUCAUUAUGGGCUUUUUACUAGGAUCAAAAGAUGAUAAUGUACAGAGUAUAUUAGUUUCACAAGGAUCCGGAUACUGCCUAUCGGAGUCUUGUGUUUCAACUGCAGCCUCAAUGUUGAGUUCAAUGAAGCCCGAGGCAGACCCUUGUAAUGAUUUUUAUGAGUAUGCUUGUGGCUCCUUUGGUCUCAGUAAUCCUUUGCCUGAUAGCAAAGGAGCUUGGGGAAUGUUCCAAAAACUUGAACAAAAAAUACAACUAGUCUUAAAAAAUGCUUUACAAAAACCUAUUACUGAUCUCAAAAGCGAGGCCGAAAUUAAAGCUAAGAAGUACUAUCUCUCUUGUAUGGAUAAAAAUGAGACCGUCGAAACACUGGGAGCAACACCUCUUCUCAAACUCAUUCGAAAAAUUGGAGGUUGGAACGUAUCUGGAGAAUUUGACGUUGAUCAAUGGGAUCUUCAAAAAACACUCCAAAUUGUCCAUAAUAAGUACAAUAUGGGAGGACUUUUUUACUGGAUGGUUGCUGAAGAUGAUAAAAAUUCCAGUAGGCAUGUUAUUCAGGUAGACCAAACUGGUUUAAGUUUACCAACGCGAGAUAGCUACCUUAAUAGUUCUUCCAAUCAUACAUUGUUGUUUGAGCUGCACGAAUACAUGACUAAGAUAGGUGUACUUUUGGGUGGAGAAGAGAGUAGUGUGCGGCAACAAAUGCAGUCUGUGAUUGAUUUAGAGACAAGAAUUGCAGAAAUCACAACCCCAGAUGAAGAUCGCAGGGAUGAAGAAAAGCUCUACCAUAAGAUGUCUGUCAAAGAACUUCAAAAUAAAGCGCCCUUUAUCAGAUGGGAGGAAUAUUUUUCUAAUGCCAUAAAUUUUCGCAAAGUAAAUUCUUCCGAAAUAAUCGUUGUCUAUGCUCCUGAGUAUCUGUCCAAUCUUACAAACAUCAUCAACGAAUUUCAACAAAGCGAAGAUGGCAAAAUAGUUCUGAACAACUAUCUUGUUUGGCAAACUGUGCGGAGUAUGACUCCAUACUUGUCAAAAGCUUUCAGGGAUGCUUACAAAGGUCUAAGGAAAAUGCUGUCUGGCUCAGAAGAAGGGGAAGAACCCUGGAGAUAUUGUGUUUCUGAUACCAACAACAUAAUUGGUUUUGCGCUUGGUGCCUUGUAUAUCAGAGAAACAUUUCACAAAAAUUCCAAACCUAUGGCAGAAAAAAUGAUUAAUGACAUUAAAACAGCAUUCAAGAAGAAUAUGCACAAGUUGGAUUGGAUGGAUAAAAAGACUUUAAAAUUGGCGGAAGUAAAAGUAGAUGCAAUCACAGAUAUGAUCGGUUAUCCAGAUUUCAUCAUGAACCCUCAAGCUCUCGAUGAUAAGUACAAGGAUCUGACUAUCCAAGAAGAUGAAUAUUUCCAAAAUAAUGUGAGAUCAAAUCAAUUUAUGUUGAAACAGAAUGUACAGCGAUUGGAUUUUCCUGUGAACAAAACAAGGUGGAGUAUGGCUCCGCAUACUGUAAAUGCUUACUACACACCAAACAAGAAUCAAAUGGUGUUUCCCGCUGGUAUUUUACAAGCUCCAUUUUUUGACGCCAAACAACAUCAAGCACUUAAUUUUGGUGCUGUUGGUGUGGUCAUGGGACAUGAACUGACGCACGCAUUUGAUGAUCAAGGUCGAGAGUAUGAUCCAGUCGGCAACAUGAAACAAUGGUGGCAAAAUGACACCAUUAGUAGAUUUAAGAAACAAGCUAAUUGUUUUGUUGACCAGUAUAAGAAUUAUCAAGUUUUUGGAAAACACAUCAAUGGAAAACGCACUCUAGGUGAAAACAUUGCUGACAAUGGAGGUUUACGAGCAGCUUACAGUGCUUAUGAAACUUGGGCUUCAAAGAAUCCUCCAGAGCUGCCAUUGCCAGCUUUAAAUUUGUCCCCUAAACAAUUGUUCUUCCUAGGUUUUGCACAGGUGUGGUGCACUGUUAGUACAAAUGAAAGUCUGAAUCUUCAGAUCGAGAAGGAUACUCACUCACCCGCUAGCUUGCGUGUCACGGGUACCCUAUCAAAUUUACCUGAAUUUGCCAAAGCAUACAAUUGUAAAUUAGGCUCUAAAAUGAACCCUGUUAACAAAUGUGAGAUUUGGUAAGUUUUCCUGAUAACUUUUUUCAAGUGGUGUUCGGAGAUUUUUCUUCUCUUUUUUCUAUCAGCCUUUCGAGAAUGCUGUAUGUUUUUUUUUAUACAAAUGUAUUUUCUGUCCAGUAGUCAAUGGAGAAGAAAAAUUGAAAGUGCAGUGGUUUCUGGUUUAAAAAAAUUUUCUAAGAUUGAUUCCAAUCGAACAACAGCAUUCCUUUGAAAUUUCAUUACUUUUCAAAGCCCAAAAUCAACGAAAGUGCCUAUUAAUGCAGCAUAAUAGGCUCUUGGACUAGUUGAAGAAAACAGAUUGAACACUUUCAGUUUUUUCUUCCCAAAUUUUGAUUUUAUUCGAACAUAAAGUAGCCCUACCUGCGUUUAUCCUCUCUUCAACUUCUUAGGUGACAUCGCACAAUCGUACUGCCACAUAUUGCCAAUAUACUCAGUCCUGAAUUUUUCGAAGACACAUAUUACUUUAGUUAUUUUAUUUUCUUAUUUAUUUUUUUCCUGUCAAGCGCAACAAACCGAAAUAAGGGUGCUCUGUCCUAGGGUGCUAAAGACUCUGAAAGAUAUAUGUAAGUUCGUUUUAAGGGGUAAUUAACUUUACAAAAAUACAGCAUUAUUCUGUAAUAUCGUAAUGGAAGUACCAGCUGGUUUACAUUCAGUGGUAAUGAGCUAAGCGCUCUCAAUUGAAACAUAUUUAAAUUUCAGUUUUGCAUGUGAGAAAUUUUUGAAAUAUUUCUCUUUAAUGUGGUGUUUUACUCAUACUUUAGUUUUAUGAAACAUUUUCACUCAGUGGGAAACUGUUUAGACCUAAUUAGAGUGUUCUUAUCAAGCUUGAAAGUUGCUUUAAUCUAAGAGUUGAUUCUUUCAUUUCAUUGCAGAGGAUCUAUGUUCCUCCUUUUUCGCAACAUGAUCUCAUUAAAUUCGUCUUUGAUUUUAUCAGUUUAAGGAUUUAACUUUUUAAAAUAAAUUCACUGAUGAUUUUUUAACUUUUGUCUAUUACUAAAACGGUCUUGUAACUAGCCUUACUGCAGGCUAACAAAAUUGCCUUUCCCAGAAAACUUUAAAAAUUUCUAGAGUUAUGUAUUUUUGCCCCCCUCACAUUAGAUUGUGUGAAUAUACAAGUGAAGCAUUUGUUAUGCUAGAAUAGCCAAUAGAAAUAUCGAAUUUUUUAUGUAAUAUCUAUCAGUUACUCUCUCUUUUUGAGUGUCUGAGUUACAUUUUACUCUUCAAAGGAUUCAACAAUAUGAUUUACAAAUUACAUCAUUUAAAAAAAAUUCUAAGCCUCAUUGAACAAAUUCUCUUUUGUUACUUAAUAAGUUUAUUUUCUCAAAGGGGAGCGAGAAAAAAAGGUCACCUGUUAGAGUACUCUUUGAACAAGAAUUGCUUUAUUUUUGAGCUAUUGGUUUUUAGCAACAAUUUUAAGCACAUAUCCAUUUGAUCAGGCCACUCUAGUCUUAGGAGUGAAGGUCUCUGGAGAGAAGUCAUAUUUUUAUUUCAAAAGCAGACCUCAAAAGACUGGUUUUAGUUAUACUUUUAAGAUCUUUUCAAAUUGUAUGUAACUAUCUUUAUCUUUAUGAGCAUUUUAGAAAAUUAAUUUUUUCUAUUUUCAUCAAGUAGUCAGGCCUAAGGCAAAGGGUUUCUCUCCUAUUUUCAUUAUUUGUAAAAUUAAUUCCGCCAAGGAAUUUCAAUUCACUAAAAAAGUAAGGUAGAUAUUGCUACAAAAAAAUGCUUCCUCUCUUUUGAUUCAAUAGAGGAAGCAUAUUUUUUUUAGCAUAUUUAUCUCAAAAUUUAAUUUUGAAUGUUUCAAUGACACAAGAAGUUUUAAUUUUUUUGUACCUACCCACUUUGUACAGAUUAAAUCAAGUACCAUGAUUAUCUGAUGCAUUUAGUCUUUUUGAAUUAAUUCUUUUUUACUUUUCUUUAGAAAUUCUUGUUUCUUCUUUAAAUGGAAAAAAAUUCUCGGACAUUCGAAGUGUAUAGAUUACAAAAAAAAGAAUUAAAAUUUUAUUUAAUCAAUAGAUCUUUACUUAGGAUAUGACAUUAUAAGAACAUUGAAUUUACCACAGUCCUUGUAAGAUACUGAAACGUCUAGUUACAUCAGGAUUACUGUAUUUGUAAAAACAGAAAUUGAAAAAAACUUGUACAUAUAAUAGAGACUAAAGUCUCUCGAAUGAAGUUGUAAAAAAAUCUUUUUUUACUUGAGAAUUGAUUCAAUUAUUUACUGAUGUGGUCACUGGUGGACAAACUAAUAUGAUGCUUGAACUAAUGGGUACAUUCAAAAAAUACUUUUUGGUGAAUUUGGAGAGAUCCAUAAGUGCCCAACAACGAAGGUAAAAAUUUUCUGUAUUUUAUAUACCAGACUGCAUCAAUGUCCGCUUAAAAACUCAAAAAUAAUGCUGAUAUCAAUGAUCAAAACGUUGAAAGUGCCCAUCAUUGAACUUAAAAAUUUCUUGUAUCUUAUCCACUAGACUGCAUCAAUAUCAGUUCAAAAACUCAGCAAUACUGCUGAGAUCACUGAUCAAAAUGUUAAAAGUCAUUGUGGAGUAAUUUAAAAUAUUCUCUUGCAGUGAGAACAGCUUUUUUUAAUGAUUUGAUAAUAGAUUUGAUCGUCUCAUACAGCCAUAUAUCUUUAAAAUUUAAUUUCCAGGAAUGUAAGAGAAAGUUUUGGUUUAAAUACUUUGUUAUUUUAAGAUAAAGUUGUAAACUUACUUCAUCUACCAACUUAAUUUACCAACCAUUACUUCUGUUUUAAGUGAUGCAUAUAUCUUGUCUGUGAUAAUAAAAAAAAAACAAUGACUUGUCUAAA